UCCUCCAUGCCUCUGCUCCUCCUGCUCUUACUUAUCCUGCUCCUGCUGCUCGAGAACUCCGGAGCACAGCAAGGUGAUGGAUGUGGACACACUGUACUGGGCCCUGAAAGUGGAACCCUUACGUCCAUAAACUACCCACAGACCUAUCCCAACAGCACUGUUUGCGAGUGGGAGAUCCGAGUAAAGCUGGGAGAGAGAGUUCGAAUCAAGUUUGGUGACUUUGACAUUGAAGAUUCUGAUUCUUGCCACUUUAAUUACUUGAGAAUUUAUAAUGGAAUUGGAGUCAGCAGAACUGAAAUAGAAAAAACUCAGGCUCUCCUCAGUCUCCCGGAAUCAAUUUUCCUCACCCAUCAGCCCACCUUGGAAGACUGUCAUCAGUUACUCUUCACCCUCUUCAGUACCAAGGAAUGGCAACACAUCCUGACAGGAGCUAGGCAAUGGUUGCAACAGCAUGCCCCCACAGCUGCCAUGGAUCCUGAGAACUGGGCAAGAGAUGCCACACAAGACACUAUGCCAAAAUAUAACUUAGGACUUCAAACUCUUUGUACAAGAGAGAGAUCAUAUGGCUGUGUGGGUCAUCCAGACCACAGGGCCCUGGAAGAAGCCAGUGGCAUGUUUGUUCAAACAACUGGAUACUGUGGCAGCCAGCUGGCCACCCUGCCUGAAGGCCUUGGCAGCCACAAUCACCCUAAUCCAAGAGGUAGAAAAACUCACUUAGAGACAAGAUCUCAAUGUAAAGGUCCCACAUGUGGUGACCACCCUAAUGAAUGGUCAGGGAUACAAAUGGCUGAUGAACUCCAGGAUGAGUCACUAUCAAGGAAAAUCUGUGAAAAUCACUGGGUGUGCCUUGAAACAAUGUGGACUCUGAACCCAGCCAUGCUCCUACCUGCUGAGUCCAGCUCCCUGGACCAUAACUGUGAAGAGCUAAUGGAUGAAAUAUACUCCAGCAGGCCUGAUUUGAUGGACUUGCCCUUGACUGACCCAGACAUGGAACUCUUCACAGAUGGGAGCAGUUACAUUCAGGAAGAACAACGAAGAGGUAGACAUGCAGUAACGACUCAUAGAGGACAUCAAAAAGGCACUGACAGGAUUAGUGAAGGAAACUGGCUGGCUGAUCAGAUGGCCUGGAGAGCAGCUGCUCAAACAGAGCCUGCAAAAGGCCUGAAUGAGACUGCCAAAAUCAUGCUGGUGCCACAGAGAGCACAGCAACUAAAGUACACAAAGGAGAAGAGUCAACGAUCAGAGGAAGAAGGUAGAAUUAAAACCCCCGAUAGAUGGUGGAAGAUCCCAGACCACAGACUGAUGAUUCCUCAAUGA